UUGCCCAUCAAUGAUACGCAUCUGAUAUCAUUGCAAUGAAUUCAUUAUACCAUCUGUAUAUAUGAUUCAUAAUCACUAUUGCACUCGUGAUUAUUUAAUGAAGGAUGCUAGAGCACGCAAAUUAGAUGAGUCUGAACUCUCUAUAGUUAAGCCGAUGCUGUCUGUUUCAUCCGAACCUGAAAAGGUUAUUGAUUACGUUGCAGAACGAUUCAAAAAAAGGAUAACGUACAAUGAUCUACGAAAUAUAAGAGCUACUGUAGUUGAAGAUUGUGAUUUACGGUCAAUGGUUUUUUCCAGAUUACACCAAGCUGGGAAAUUGGUUAUAAUUCGGGAUGAAAACGAUGGAAGAAUAAGAAUA